UUGGUUAAUACUAUCUCUAUAUAUAUAUGUGUCGCAGGUCAAUCAUAUUCCACAUAUAUUUCAGGACAAUACCAACCAAAAAAGCUUCAACAGAAAAAGCUAAAAAAAAUUUGUCUUUAAUCAAGCAAAAAUGUGUGCAUUGGGCUCUCCAUUGUUCCCAAACUUUGGGUGGGAGUCAACGGGAGAGUACGAGAGCUACAACAUUGUCGGAGAUAACAAUAGCAAAGAGUUGCUUGACUUUCAGGUACCGAAGACGUAUGGAAUGGUUCAUCGUCAGACCAGCUUAGGGGUUACUGUUUCGUCGGAGGUAAAUGGAAUAGACAACAAUUCAAUCGUUAUCAAGAAGCUUAUUCACAAUGCUAAUGAGCGUAACCGUCGCAAGAAAACCAACUCUUUGUUCUCAACUCUUCGUUCAUGUCUUCCAGGCUCUGAUGAGCGGCUAAGUAAUCCUCAGACGAUUUCGCGGAGCAUGCAGUACAUACCGGAGCUGAAAGAGCAAGUGAAGAAGCUAACACAAAAGAAGGAAAACCUCUUGUUGCGAAUAUCGCGUCAAAGAGAACGUUACGUUAUGCCGCAGCCGAAGGUGGUUUCUAGUUAUGUCUCCACCGUUUUUGCGACUGAGCUUAGAGACAACGAAGUGAUGGUCCAAAUCUCAUCGUCCAAAAAUCAUAAUUUUUCGAUAUAUAAUGUGCUGAGUGGACUAGAAGAAGAUGGGUUUGUUCUCGUGGAUGUUUCAUCUUCAAAUCCUCGCGGAGAACGACUCUUCUAUACUUUGCAUCUUCAAGUGGACAAGAUUGAUAAUUACAAGCCAAUUUGCGAAGAGUUAAGUCAAAGAGUUUUGUUCUUGUAUGAGAAAUGUGGAAACUCGUUUAAAUGAUAUUUGUUCUUGUUUUGAAACUUUUAUAUAAGGCUGUUGCAUUUCCAUUUGGUUCACGCCCCCGCAAACGAGCACCAUAUUGUAAAUAAUUUAAAUUUAUUAAAUAAUGAUUUUUUUCCUUUUCUGAAAGAAUAAAGAUUAAGAAUUUAAAUAAUGAAUUUUAAAGCUAAACUAGAUCUAGAUCCGCGCGUCCGUGCGGGUCUUUCAUUUCAUUAUGGAUCAAA